AUGAGUAAUAAAAAAAGAAAGAGCCGCAUUGGACUCCUCUAUUCAAAAGGACGUGCUGGAGUGCUUGAUAAUAAGGGAGGAAGCGAAUCUGUACCUUAUCUAGACCCGGAGUUGAAGGAUCUGUGUGAGAGGUUGGUGGGGAUGAUUAGAGAAAACAACAACAAACUUGUGGCUAUCAUUGACACUGAGCUGAUGAAGGUACAACUGAGAAGGGAGUACAGGCCUAAAUCUAACAAUAUAAGCCAUGUACGGCCCCAUGAGGAAGAACAACUUGAAGGUGAAGCUAAUAGAGAAGAUGAUGGCGAGAAGGACAAGGAUGGUGAUGGGGAAGAUGAUGGCGAGAAGGACAAGGAUGGUGAUGGAGAAAAUGAAGAUUCUGAACAUGAUAUUGAGGAGGAAGAAGGUGAAGAGGAAGAUAUUGAACAACUAUCAUUGCAAUUAUCUCCUAUCACCAUGAUUCACCUAGAUGUUGAAGGAGGAGUAUCGGAUAAAGAGGAGUUACUGGACAAGGCAGAACAAGUAAGGAGAUCAAAAAGGCCGAUGAAGCCCGCCCCAAAACUACAGUCUCCCUGGGUUGUGCCUAAGGUUGCAAAGAGAACAAAUCGGAAGAUGGAUGAUAAGGAAAAAUUUUCAUCACUGUCUCCAAAAUGUCUAGUUCAGCUGAUGGUGACAAGGUGGAGUGUUGCAGUGAGCGAGAAGGAACUACAGGAGCAAGAUGUUGGUUACAACAUUGGGGAUUGUGACUUGAUUUUGGGACCAGUACUUGUAGACCAACACUGGUUCUGCUUUAUGCUAGAGCCUAAGGUCAUAAACUUCUACGUGCUGGAUUCACUGAACCUAUAUCGGGACCGGUUUCACGAUAUUAUAGAAUUGAUUCAGACAAAGUUGAUUGGGAAGAAGCCAAAGGUUGAUAUCAUUUAUCCUGAUGUUGCAAAACAAAACAACAUCAAAGACUGUGGAGUCUAUGUUAUGCUAUGGUUAAAAUCGUGGCAUCCACAGGCGGCGCUUAAUUAUACUCCUGAUCAAGUGGCUCAAUUUAGAUGCGAUCUAAUGUGGUGGAUAGUUAAUCAUCCUAACAAUGCCUGUCGUGAUGCUACCUUAAUGCUAUUGGAGGAACAAGAGGAUAUUAGAAAAAACAAACGACAACGAUCAACUAAGUAG